AUGUUUGCCGCUGACAAGUAUGAAUUACUGCAAUUUGUUAAUGUUUCGUACGACUCGAGGACAAAUUGCCCCAGCUCGCAGAGUUAUGAAUUAAAAGCUGAUCUGGACUACAUUGAUGGGGAGGAAGCAUUGUUUGACGGGAGGCUAAAACUGGGAAUACUUGUCGAACCUUUUCUUUUAGCCCAUAACACAAUUUUGUGUCACUUCACUUUUCUAUAUAAAACUGAGCCUUCACUUUGUUUAGAUGCAAGCAGGAAAACGCACAUGCAUCCAGUAAAUAGUUCUUACGUGCUUAAUAUAAUGUUCAGUCCAAAACUGGCAGAAUUGGAGCCCUAUCUCAACCUUCUUUUUCGAUUUCAUCAUCUUUAUGGCCAUCUUUUUGCAUCAGCAUCAUACCUAUAUAUCACUACCAACAUCAUCAUUUUUUUCAUCUUCUUCAUCAUCCUCAUCUUCCUCAUCAUCCUCAUCUUCCUCAUCAUCCUCUUUCUUCCAGGAAUUCUGGGCAUGAAGAAGGAUUUGUUUGUCGUCGUUAAAAUUUGA